ACCAAGGUGGGCUGAGCUUAUUUGCUGUUCUCGCUUCUAUGGCAACCCAAUAGAUCAGCAUCAUGAAUAUGCACAAUGCUGCCAAAAUGCACGGGACGAAAGAUCGGUGAUGUCAGCGGUCCUUGGAUAUGUGCCCGAUGUCUUCUACAUAAUUGCUUGGUGUUUGUUGUUUGUUUGUUGUUGUUAUUAUUGGCAAUGUGAAUCUGGGAAAAAGAGCAUCCCCCUCGACGUUCAUGACCUCUUCGUCUCCUUUCGCCGCCCGUCGGCACGUCUCUCACAUCAUGUCAUGCAAAGGUGUCUUCAACCUGUUUUCGCCACUUUUGCGCACAACGUUGGAGCCUAGCAGUGGCUAACAAGAGUGUUAUGCUAAAGCGGACUGUCAACGCUCUGCGAGGGGGCAUAUGCAAACUGUCAGGUAGGCAAGAGAGGAGCUUCGUCCUGUCUGUGCACCACGGCAAAGGCAGCAGUGUCAUGUGUAUCUGCGUGAGGCUUCCAGGGUCUCAGAUUAGCUCCAGACUCUUCGUUCUCACUUACAGAUAGGGAGCUCUAGUGCUUCGUGGCAAUCAUUCUUAACAAAAACAAGCCGAUUCCGGACGUCUGUUUUAUUGAAAUUGGUUAAUUCCAUCUCAAUGUCAUAAUGGACAGGUUGCACUCCUCCAUGCGUAAAAGGCUCUACAGUUUGCCACAGCAUAUUGGCCAGAAAGCGUCUAUCAUGGGCGAAGGAGAAGACGGCGACAAGGACACUCGGAGAAAGAGUAUAAGGAUGAAACCUUUACCAUCGCCGACCUCCGGAGGAAGCUGCAAAGGCAUCGGGGAGACCAAAAGUGGGGACACGGUGAUCAUGGAGACGGACAUUGGGAGACCGAUAAAGACCAGCUCAAAUGGAGAUUGUCGGAGAUUUCGAGGCAGCCUCUCCUCCAUCACCAGUCGGCAUGUGCACGACCCAGACUCGGCGGAGGAGAGGCGUCUCAUCACCGAGGGAGAUGUCACCCCUAGCGAGGAGAGCCCUCCUGGAGCUAUUGGCGGCGGGGCGGACCAAGGUGCGCAAGGCACCAGCGUUGGCGGUGCCCAGCAUGGUUCCUCCGAUCAGCAAUCAGGAUUCAUAAAGUUGGAUGGCGUUGACCAAAUUCUGCCGGACGACGAGAGGUUGUACCAGGCUGGAUUCAUACAUAGGCAGCUUGGGGCAAUGCUGCAGCCGGGGGUCAACAAGUUCUCCCUUAGGAUGUUUGGGAGUGAAAAGGCGGUGGAACGGGAGCAAGAGCGGGUUAAAUCCGCUGGAUUUUGGAUAAUUCACCCUUACAGUGAUUUCAGGUUCUACUGGGACCUGACCAUGCUGCUGCUGAUGGUGGGGAACCUGAUCAUCAUCCCCGUGGGCAUCACCUUCUUCAAGGACGAGCACACGCCUCCCUGGAUCGUCUUCAACGUGGUCUCCGACACCUUCUUCCUCAUGGACCUGGUCCUCAACUUCCGCACGGGCAUCGUGAAGGAGGACAACACGGAGAUCGUCCUGGACCCGCAGCAGAUCAAGAUCAAGUACCUGAGGAGCUGGUUCGUGGUGGACUUCAUCUCCUCCAUCCCCGUCGACUACAUCUUCCUCAUCGUGGAGACGCGCAUCGACUCGGACUUCUACAAGACGGCGAGGGCGCUGAGGAUCGUCCGCUUCACCAAGAUCCUCAGCCUGCUGCGUCUGCUCCGCCUCUCCAGGCUCAUACGCUACAUCCACCAAUGGGAGGAGAUAUUCCACAUGACCUAUGACCUGGCCAGUGCCAUGGUGAGGAUCGUCAACCUGAUUGGUAUGAUGCUGCUGCUGUGUCACUGGGAUGGCUGUCUGCAGUUCUUGGUGCCCAUGCUGCAAGACUUCCCUGCUGACUGCUGGGUGUCCAAAAACAAGAUGGUGAACGAUACUUGGGGACAGCAGUACUCGUACGCCCUCUUCAAAGCCAUGAGCCACAUGCUGUGUAUUGGGUACGGCAUGUAUCCUCCGGUGGGCAUGACGGACGUAUGGCUCACCAUUCUCAGCAUGAUCGUGGGCGCCACUUGCUACGCCAUGUUUGUGGGGCAUGCCACGGCGCUCAUCCAAUCACUGGACUCUUCCCGGAGACAGUACCAGGAGAAGUACAAACAAGUGGAGCAGUACAUGUCUUUCCACAAGUUGCCAGCCGACAUGAGGCAGAGGAUCCACGACUACUAUGAGCAUCGUUACCAAGGCAAAAUGUUUGACGAGGAGAGCAUUCUGGGGGAGCUCAAUGAACCGCUACGAGAAGAAAUCAUUAAUUUCAACUGUCGGAAGCUGGUGGCAUCUAUGCCGCUGUUCGCCAACGCUGACCCCAACUUUGUGACCUCCAUGCUGACCAAGCUCCGCUUCGAGGUGUUCCAGCCGGGAGAUUACAUCAUCCGGGAGGGCACUAUCGGCAAGAAGAUGUACUUCAUCCAGCAUGGCGUGGUCAGUGUGCUGACCAAGGGCAACAAGGAGACCAAGCUGUCUGACGGGUCCUACUUCGGGGAGAUCUGUCUGCUGACGCGGGGUCGUAGGACGGCCAGUGUGAGGGCAGACACUUACUGCCGUCUGUACUCGCUGUCUGUGGACAACUUCAACGAGGUUCUGGAGGAGUACCCCAUGAUGAGGCGGGCCUUCGAGACCGUGGCCCUGGAUAGGCUGGACCGCAUUGGCAAAAAGAACUCCAUCCUCCAGCACAAGGUCCAGCAUGACCUCAGUUCAGGUGUGCUCAACUACCAGGAGAAUGAGAUCAUCCAGCAGAUCGUCCAGCACGACCGGGACAUGGCCACCUGCGCCCACCUCCUCCAGAACAUCCCACCCCCCGCACCGCCCUCGCCCACGCCCGUAAUCUGGGCCCCGCUCAUCCAGGCACCCCUCCAAGCCGCAGCUGCCACCACUUCAGUCGCCAUCGCCCUGACCCACCACCCCCACCUGCCCCCCACGAUCUUCCGCCCCCCUGUCUCCCUCCUGGGCUUGAAGGACCCCCCUGGCAGGCUGAAGAAGUUCCAUACGCCCAACUCCUCAAACUCCGCAGGCCAAGGCUCAGCCGGGGGCUCACCUACGAGUACCCCCACGAAACUGCACUCUGGGGUGGACACGCCACUGCUGGCCUCCUUUAGGGCCCAUCACAUGACUUCAGGCUCUGGAAUAGCUAGCUCCAGCCAACAGGCCUCAACCAGUGGAGCACACCCUGGGUCUGUCAGGGCUGGACCCUUCCCCUUCGGACCCUUCUCCUCUUCAGACUCCCCUUCCUCGAGCCUGGCCCAGCUCCAUCCCCAGCCCCAGCAGCAGCAGCCCCUCCCCUGUGGCACCCCACCUCUCUCCAACCUCUUCCAGCCACAGGGGGCAACUGGAGGGGGGGCAGGUGGAGCCACUGGGGGGGCUACUGGGUGGUCGUCUGGGAGAGCCAGUGGUGGGGAAGUCGGAGGGGCUAUAGGAGGGGCUUCAGGUGGGGCAGUGGGAGGGGCCAUAGGAGGGGCUUCAGGUGGGGCAGUGGGAGGGGCCAUAGGGGCUUCAGGUGGGGCAGUGGGAGGGGCCAUAGGAGGGGCUUCAGGUGGGGAAGUGGGAGGGGCCAUAGGAGGGGCUUCAGGUGGGGCAGUGGGAGGGGCCAUAGGAGGGGCUUCAGGUGGGGCAGUGGGAGGGGCCAUAGGAGGGGCUUCAGGUGGGGCAGUGGGAGGGGCCAUAGGAGGGGCUUCAGGUGGGGCAGUGGGAGGGGCCAUAGGAGGGGCUUCAGGUGGUUCCAGCCCCCUGGCCAGCCAGCUGCUCCAUAGCCAGCCCCUCACUAAGCCUCCUCAGGUUGGCCCCCUACAUCAGUUUGCAGGGGGAGGCAGGACGUCUAGUGGCCUCAAUCUCUUCCACACACCCCCUCCAGGCUCACCGUCUCCCAGUAGAGGCCAGCUUCCUCCGCAGACCUCCCAGCCUUCCCUGUCCUCUCAUUCUUCCCAGCCCCCCCAGUCCUCCCUGCCCCCCCACUCCUCCCUCCCCCACCAGUCCUCCCAGCCCCUCCAGUCCUCCCAGCCCCUCCAGUCCUCCCAGCCCCACCAGUCCUCCCAGCCCCCCCAGUCCUCCCAGCCCCCCCAGUCCUCCCUGCCCCCCCACUCCUCCCUCCCCCACCAGUCCUCCCUGCCCCCCCACUCCUCCCUCCCCCACCAGUCCUCCCAGCCCCUCCAGUCCUCCCAGUCCCUCCAGUCCUCCCAGCCCCCCCAGUCCUCCCAACCCCCUCUUCCCCUCCAACCUACUGAGGGCUCUCCAUCUUCCCUGGGCCAGUUCACCUUAGCCGGCCUUCAGGCCGGUCUCCAGUCCAGCCUCCAGUCCAACCUCCAGAGAGGCCUGCAGCCCCAGCUGUCCCUGGAGAGGUCUGCCUUGGCCUCGUUGGCCCAGUACGGCUCAGCCAACGCCUCCCCCUGCUACACCCCCCUGGGCCCCAGCCCCACGGUCCAGAGCCCUGUGAGCGGCAGGACUUUCCACUACAGCGACCCGAACAGCGCGUCUGGCUCCCACAGCUCCCUGUUCCUGCCCCAGACCCCCUCCUUCCCCACCCAGCCUACAAGCCAGCCCCAGGCCGGAGGCAGGGAGUCUCCUCUGGGCCGCUUCUCUGAGGAUAUGAAACUCCUGUCCAGCUCCCACCCGUCCCUGCCCUCCCUGCCCCAGGAAAUGGGCCUGGCCCUGGGCCGCUCCUCCCCUCCUCGCCCCCUGUCAUCCAUGGAGCCUGGAUACUGCCCCUCCCCCUUCUCCUCGCCCACCCUGGUACCCAAACCUUGUAGCUCGAUGCCAGGGCACAUGACUCCGCCCGUCCACGUGUCCCCCGGGCACCCGCACCACCAGGGGCAAACCCUGCCCCCCAUCGCCUCCCCAGCCCUCCCUCCAAGGAGAGGGUCGGGAAACCACCCCUCUGAACUGGAACCUGUGCGCGCCAAACUGCCCUCCAACUUGUGAGGUUUAAUCACACCCUCCGACCCUUGACUGAUAAACACAGACAAACAAUCUACCAUCAUGACCUUUGACCUUCGUUUCUGUCCUUCCCUUUUGGCCUCACUGUAUUUUCCUCCUCGUUUUUCAAGAUCUUAAUAUUACUGUGAUUUAACCAAGAUAAAAGAUAUAACCCUUAAUCAGG